AUGCCGAACUGGGGAGGAGGAGCCAAGUGUGGGGCCUGUGAAAAGACAGUGUACCACGCUGAGGAAAUCCAGUGCAAUGGAAGGAGUUUCCACAAGUCGUGCUUCCUCUGCAUGGCUUGCAGGAAGGCUCUGGACAGCACCACAGUAGCAGCUCAUGAAUCUGAAAUCUACUGCAAAACCUGCUACGGGAGAAAAUACGGCCCCAAAGGUGUUGGCUUUGGACAAGGGGCUGGAUGCCUCAGCACUGACACCGGAGACCACCUGGGCUUGAAUCUGCAGCAGGGGUCACCAAAGCCUGCUCGCCCUUCAACACCAACUAAUACUUCAAAGUUUGCCAAAAAGAUGGUAGAUGUGGAUAAAUGUCCCCGUUGUGGCAAAUCGGUGUAUGCUGCAGAGAAGAUCAUGGGAGGAGGAAAACCUUGGCACAAGACCUGCUUCCGCUGCGCUAUUUGUGGGAAGAGUUUGGAAUCCACGAAUGUUACGGACAAAGAUGGAGAGCUCUACUGUAAAGUUUGCUAUGCAAAAAAUUUCGGUCCCAAAGGAAUUGGGUUUGGUGGCCUCACUCAAGUGGAAAAGAAAGAGUGUGAAUGAGAAGAAAUGGAUACAACAGACUCAAACUGCUGUUGAUGCCACCAAGUGAUAGCUGUCAAGUAAAAUAUUAAACAACACAUAGUGCUAAGAACCUAGGGCAUUUGACUAAGAUUUUCCACCUUGCAGGAAAAAUUUGUGUGUUGUAUCUUAAGAAAUUAAUCUUAGAGUAGAUUAAAAAGGUACAGUGAUAAAACUAGACUCAUGUUUGUGUUUAGUAAAUAAAGGCAAGGAACCUCAUGGAACAUUAUUGCUCUUUAAACUAGUACUGAUCACAUUCUAGACUGGAAUUUUAGAUUCAUAGUGCCCCGUUAGGAUAGUGAUCCCUUCUGGAGUGAAGGGUCCAGGUGUUCCCAGUUAGACUGUAUUUUCCUUUGUUCACAAUGUUACACUCUCUGUAUUUCCACCAGUCUCCUAGUUGAGUUUUGAACAUGCCAGCAUUUGUGUUAUGACAAGUAGGUGUUAUUUGCUUUGAGAGACAAUUAAAAAGGAUUUGAGAUUCUCUCUCUCUGAGGGAGGCAUUUCUAAAAACACCCAACAUUUUCUCAGAAUACAGUGUUACAAGUUUUGUCUGUUUUCAAGCUACAAUAAAGUACUUACUGCUUCACGUUA